CCCAAACCUCCUGCAUAAGAUAAGCUACCAAACUAGCUAGGAGCGGAUGUUAAACAACCCCGCGUCCGGCGCGUAGCGCCAGCAAAUAUCGCGAAUCGUCACCUACUUAACCCCAUAUAGUAGAGAUAAGAAGGUGCUUGAUGUGUGCGCUAAAGCCGUUUUUUACCUCUCGAACGAAUACAGAUGGAGUAUUCGGCUGACAAUGUCGCAGUGGCCAGGAUUCUGCAGUACAUAUCGUACAUAUACAUGGCACUGGCUACGCUCUGGACCUAUGAUUAUGUUUGUUCACUUCACGAAGAGUCGAAUUUCCUACUUCGGUCGCGCUGGACCAAAGUGAAAACCCUUUAUAUCAUUACACGAUAUGUUCCCUUUUGUCUCAUCACCACAAACCUGCUUUUGACCUUGGCCCCGAACGAGAACCCCGAUCCAUGCUGUUCACUCUUUUUGCCAUCAUCGUAUCAUUCAUCGGCAUUUGGUUUCCCGCUAUUGCCACUUCUGAUUGUUUUUACGACUAGCGCGAUCCCAGGCAUCACGGGCUGUUAUCGGACCGCCAACAGUAUUCUAUUGACCAUGCCAUUUAUUCUGUUGUUUGUGUUUCAACUGGGACUGGUCUCCCUAACGCUCAUACGUGCCAUACAGAGUUGGAAGUCGAGCAGGGGACCUCUUUACGUCAUUCUGGUGAGGCAUAACAUAUUCUACUAUGUAUGCGGUCUGCUUCUCUCAGCCGUGAACGUCCUUGUGCCGAUGUUGUUUUCUGAUUCCGCAUACCACUCCUUCCUCGAAGAUCUGGAGGUCUAUAUCCUUGCGAUCCUCGCCACGCGCAUGCACCUUCAUCUCUGGCAUAUUGGCCGGUCCAUGCUCGACUCUGACACCCUCGUGUGGAUUUCUCUGUCUGACAUCUCACCCGCACACCGUACGACGUGAUGUCUUGUCGUGUGGCUUAUUGGCGUCGUUCUUGGAGGUCUAGGUACGAGAUGACUGGUCAGGGUGGCUUAGUUGGAUGUGGCCGUAACUUGCAGGA